GCAUCCUCAUACUAGUCGGGUUCGUUAAUGCUGAGCCACGGUGGAAACUCCAGCCUACUGCACUUUAAGGUUGAUGGUAGUAGGCAACAUAUAUGGAAUUAAAGAGUUUUAAAAAUUAUUUUUAUGCUCUGCAUUAAACACAAAAUUACAAGAUAUCAAGUAACCGUUUUCUGAGUCCUUGAAAUGCAUGGGAAUAACUAAGAGAUGGAUAAAAUCAGAGAGCUAAAAUUAAUCGCAUGUUAAUUCUAACAGGCACGCCAUGAAAAGAUGACAAAACAGGAAUGGAAUCACUUCACCAAGGUGGUAAACAAGGCUAUUUCAUUGGAAAAGACCUCAAUUUGCUGAUACAUGAAAGUUGGAAAUUUGCUUUUUUUCUCCUCAGGGGAGUCUCCGGAGCUGCUCUGUGGUGGAUUUUGUACUCACCCAAGGAGCUGUAGAAACGAUCUAAGCUGGAGAAGUAGGAAGGCAAAAUCGGCUCAGGGAUCAAGGCUUCCAAGUGUGGCAGUGGGAGCUUUCGAAGUCUGCAGAGCCAGGCGAGCUCCAGAUGCCGGCUCUCAGGUCUGGAGAAGAAUGCGGUUUGGCUCCUCAAGGCUCCUUAUAUUGGGUUUCUGAAGACCACGCCCAUUUGCUCAAGUGAUUGCAUUCACCUGUCCUCCAAUGGGCAUUCACUCGGAUGAUUAGAUUGCUUAAACCUAGGACAAGAUUAACUUAACACCUUGGAUAAUCUUGAUAAACACAUCUCUGCAAACGUCAUUUCAUCAAGAGUCUUUGAUUGUAUCACAAACUCACCCUCAAAUGCGCCUUGAUAUCUGAGCUUCUGGAUACCAAGGACUUUUUUUUUCAGCUUACCCAAGAAGUUAGGAAGACGAUUUCAUUGCUUCGAGAGUUUAGCAAAUCUCUUGGAAAACUUGGAAAUGUGUUCCCUGAGGCUUAUUUAAACAGGUUCUGUCAUAGAAGAAGCGCUUUAUUUUGUUGAUUGACCGAGAGGACCCCAGGUCUCCGGCCAGUUCCCCAGGACCAGGGCUGCACUGUCUGUGAGGCAUCUGCCUUUUUUAAAGCUCUGAGAGUUGACAACAAUGUCCUAUUAAAUACAGGCUCUGGAGGGUUAGUUAUGAGGACCAGAAGUGCAGCAGGCAGGACUCUGCACCCACACCCAGCCACUUGGGGAGGAUGGGAAACACUGGCAGUAGACUUAGGAAAAGAAUCCAAGCCCUUGGUGAGGCGCAGAGUGGAACUUCAACCAGGUCUUUCUGUCUGUAAUCCCUGCUCCUGUCCAUGAGCCUUCCACACAACAGCUCCACCAGCGGCUCCACCAUGGACUGAGGUCCAGGUUCCUCUGCUCAGAAACCUUUGGAGUUGGCCAGACCGUGGAAAACUCUACGAGUUUCAGCUGCUGCCCCAUCUGAAUAACACAGAAGUCCUGACCCAUUUGGAUGGACUUUCCACCCGGUAUUGAUGAGACCGAUUCUAUAAUCUUCUGAAACAGAAUCACACACACUGCAGGCAGUCACCUGCUGCAUCUUGAGAGCUAAGAAGUGUGAGAUUUUGCUGAGGUGUCUGAACUUCUGGGACCACAUAAGUGCCCCAAAGACCUAGAAAUGAUGUUGUCUCAAGGGCAAGGUGACUGGUCCAAAGAAGACGUUGAGAAGUUACUGGAACGUAUGGAGAAGAACCUUCCAUCCAAUGACAGCCACACAUUCAAAACAGCCCAGUCACUGAUGGACUGGGAAAAAGUAGCUUUUAAAGCAUUUUCUGGACAAAUGUGCAAACAAAAAUGGUUAGAGAUUUCUUAUAACCUGAGAAAGCUUCGGACUCUGUCAGAAUUAGUCUUGGAAGCAAAGGAAAAUGUUCACAGUUCUCACAAAAGCAGAAAACUCGAGAAGCAUCCUGAUUUCCCCAAGAAGCCCCUGACCUCUUACAUUCGCUUUUUCACGGAGAUGCGACCCCAGUACCUCCAAAAACACCCUCAGCUGAGCAACCAGGAGCUGACCAAGGUCCUGUCUGAAGAAUACAAAAAGCUGCCAGAGCAGAUGAAGCUGAAAUAUACGCAAGAUUUCCAGAAGGAGAAACAGGAGUUUGAGGAAAAAAUGGCUCAGUUCAAGGAACAGCACCCUGAUCUAGUCCGGAAGUCCAGGAAGUCUGCUGUCCCCAAAGGAAGCCAAUCGAGACUCCAGGGCAAUGUGCAAAAAGUGAGGUCUCCCCCCAGAAACAAGGUAUCCAUGACGAUGAAGUUCCACGGAGAGCCCAAGAAGCCCCCGAUGCAUGGAUAUCACAAGUUCCACCAGGAUUUGUGGUCCAGCUGGCAGCUGAAAGGGCUGCCCUAUUGGCAGCGCAUGGUGGAGAUUGGUAGACUCUGGCAGCGGGUCCCCCAAAACGAGAAGGAGCAUUACAAGAAGCAGGCUGAGCAACUGCAGAAACAGUACAAGGUGGACCUCGACCUCUGGCUCCAGACUCUGUCUCCUGAAGAAUAUGCUGCUUACAGAGAGCGAACCUACAGUAAGCGUAAGAACAUGAGCAUGCCAGGGGGCCCGGACCCCAAGAUCAGAAAGAUGGAUCUGCAGUCCCCAUCAGCAGGGAAUCUGCAAGGAGGGCUUGGAGGGGACCAGGGCCUUCGAGAGACGGAAUCAUCAGACACUAUUGGAGAAAAUGUUUCACAGGCAUCAGAGGAACAAAAGGACCUUAAGGAAAGGGAGGAAGGCAGAAACUCCUCAGACAGCAACAGGGAUGAAGAUGAGGAUCGUGAGUCUCAGGACAGUAGCUCCAGCUCUUCUUCCUCAGAGGACUCCUCGGACUCAGAUUCCAACUGAGCUUUGUUCACAAUCAAAAGGGCGGCACAGAGAACUUUCCAGCCAAAGGCCAUGGCAUCGGCUUCAAAUGGAAGGGCUCCUCUCCCUGUCCCUUUUCAUUGCCUGCCUUCUUCCCUUCCGUCUUCAAUGCAGAGUAGGACCUGUUGGAAAGAAGCUUCUGGUGCAGGAGUUUCUGGCUCCUCCCUCUGCCCCAGGUCUCCUCCCAGAGAAAGUUCCUGCAUUGAAGCUUGGAACAAACAAUGCGCUGAAUGGCCUGUGGGGGGCGCCCUGGACUCGACUGUGUCGCCUGGACUGAGACGUUUUGCUCUCCUCACCUUCUGGCUGCCAGAGGUGUCAGGGACCUCCAGGGGCCUGUGACUCCUCCCUUCUCGGUGGUCCUGGCCCUCGGGACUCCUGCAGGGGAACUGGGGAUUGGAAGAUUUGAUGGACUGCGCGUGGGACAAUUGCCUUUGCUGUCAACCUCCCUGCUCUCCGAAGCGAGGCGCUGUCUCUUCCCUGUCUUGCAAGUGGGCGGGGCAUGGGGGCAGCGGCUUUUCCCUUUGUAUAUUUAUCCUCUUAGCUGUCAAUGAGACUUUUUGUACUGUUAUCGAAAAUUAUAAAUUAAAAUAUUAA